AUGAAGAAGAGGACGUCGUUUCUUUCGCUGGAGGUGCUACUUGUACCUGCUCUUCUUCUUCUGCUACUCCUUCCUCCUGGUGCGAAAUGCUAUGGGUCCCAAGGCGGCGGCGGUGGCGGUGGCGGCGGAGCCAACCUCACAGUGACCGGCACCGUGUUCUGCGACGCCUGCUCCUCCAGCUCCUUCUCUAACCACAGCUACUUCUUGCCAGGCGUCAAAGUCAGAAUCGACUGCAUGCUCAGAGCGAACUCCACGUCCAAAGAGGAGAUCAAGAUCACCGCCGAGAAGUUCACCAACAGCCACGGCGCCUACCGGCUCGACAUCCCGGCGAUCGACGGCCUCGGGUGCACCACCGGCGGCGAGGCCAUCUCCUUCUGCCGGGCCGCCGUUCUGGACAACCCCUCAACACUCUGCGACGUGCCGGCUGUCAGCGCCACCUCCAGCCACAUCACCUUCUCAAUCCAGGAUCCCAACAACGCUUGCAUCUACAACCUCAACUCUCUCUACUACAGGCCGGGCAAGAAGGACGCCAGCGGCCAGUGCGACGGCCCGGGGACCUCGAUGGCGCCGGUCGCGCUCAACACGUCCUUGUUCUACUGCCCGCACUGGCCGUGGCCGCCCAUCCCGUUCUGCACGCCGCGCCCAUGGCUCCCGCCUAUCCCCUUCUUCACGCCGCCACCGCCGGCGUUCCCAUUCCCUCUGCCGCCGAUACCGUUCUUCACACCGCCUUCACCGCCACCGCCGGCUUUCCCUUUCCCUCUGCCGCCCUGGCCAUGGACACCACCAGCGGCGGAACCUCCACCGGCCUUCCCGUUCCCUCAUUUGCCACCAAUUUUCUCAACACCGUCUCCGCCACCGCCGCCGCCACCUGUAUUCCCGUUCCCUUUGCCGCCGAUUCCACACCUACCUCCUUUUCCGCAUUUUCCGCCACUGCCGUCUUUGUAUUCACCACCGCCUCCUCCGCCCCCGCCACCACCUCCGCCGCCUUCGUUUCCUUGGCCUUUCCCGCCACUACCUUUCUUCCCUCCAACUUCAACCCCUUCGAUCCCAUCUCCUCCACCUUCAGUGCAUUAUCGCAAAGAUCCAAGCACCUGGUCCUCUUCCCAAACCAAACCUUAACUAUGCAUAAGUAAAUAAAUAUAAGUAUAUGUGUAAAGUGUAUAUUCAGAUUGUAUACAAAGGACUCUCUAUUGGGAGGAACUGAAA